UACAACGUGUCCUGUUGGCCUAUGCCAGAUGGAACAUGUCUGUUGGAUACUGUCAAGGACUGGAAGUCAUGGAUGGGAAUGAAGGUGAUGCACUAAAAAUAAUGAUCUAUCUCAUAGACAAAGUGCUUCCAGAUAGUUACUUUGUUAAUAAUCUGCGAGCUUUAUCUGUGGAUAUGGCUGUGUUUCGGGACCUUUUGAGAAUGAAACUGCCUGAACUAUCCCAGCAUCUUGAUGUACUCCAGAGAACCGCUAACAGGGAGAGUGGAGGAGGUUAUGAGCCGCCUCUCACAAACGUCUUUACAAUGCAGUGGUUCUUGACUUUGUUUGCGACCUGCCUUCCCAAUCACACGGUUCUGAAGAUCUGGGAUUCCGUGUUCUUUGAAGGUUCAGAGAUCAUCCUUAGGGUCGCAUUCAGUGUUAAACAAUUUGCCAGGAUUUUUAUCUAACCAUAGUGUUUACUGGCAAAUAUUAGAAAGUGUGCAUCACAAAUCUAAAUUCAGACAGAGUACCUACAUUUAUGGCUUGUUCUUGAAUAGCUUUUAGUUAAAAAAAAAUAUAUAUAAUUAAUACAUGAGUUUAAAAGAUGCUAUGCGACCAUGCUAAUUUGAGAUAUGUUGAAAUGUAAUGAACACGUAGACAAGGAAAUAUGGUCUGCACACCUAAGAGAUUUAAGUGGCACUAUAUAU